GCGUCCGCCGCUGCCCUGUCUGGUCGCCCCGGCGUCUGCUCCCUGUUCCGCACUCUUCCCCGCUCCCUCCCCAGACCCGAAGCCCUCCCUGGCAGCCAGCCUCCCUUGGUUCCACCGCCCCGGCUCCCGCAAGAACCCCCCCGCCCGGUGAAUGCAGCAGCGCGCCCCCACCGCCACCCCGGUGAAAACAACAUGACGGGCAUCGCCGCCGCUUCCUUCUUCUCCAAUUCGUGCAGGUUCGGAGGAUGCGGGCUCCAGUUCGAGUCUCUCGCCGAGCUCAUCGUCCACAUCGAGGACAAUCACAUCGACACAGAUCCUCGAGUUCUGGAGAAGCAAGAACAACAGCAGCCCACCUACCUGGCCCUCAGCUACAUCAACAGGUUCAUGACGGAUGCGGCACGGCGAGAGCAGGAGACCAUGAAGAAGAAAGCGGCACCCAAAUUGUCGCUGUCCAUCACGGGCACAGUGUCCAGGAACAGCACGGCCACGCCCCCUCGCCAUACUAGUGGCAACCUGACGCCGCCCGUCACGCCCCCGAUCACGCCUUCCUCCUCCUUCCGCAGCAGCACGCCGACAGGUACGACAGGGAGCGAGUAUGAUGAAGAGGAGGUGGACUAUGAGGAGUCCGACAGCGACGAGUCGUGGACCACCGAGAGCGCCAUCAGCUCUGAGUCAAUUCUUAGCUCCAUGUGUAUGAACGGCGGUGAGGAGAAGCCAUUUGCGUGCCCUGUGCCGGGCUGCAAGAAGAGAUACAAGAACGUGAACGGCAUCAAGUACCACGCCAAGAACGGCCAUCGCACGCAGAUCCGCGUGAGGAAGCCAUUCAAAUGCCGCUGCGGGAAGAGCUACAAGACGUCGCAGGGCCUGAGGCACCACACCAUCAACUUCCACCCGCCCGUCUCCACCGAGAUUCUGCGCAAGAUUCAAGGCUAGGCCCAAAAUCUCGGCCCGAAAGGUUCCUCACCUCACACUAAAAAAAUGCAUGCUUUAAGUUCUUUUCCCAUUAGUUCCUUUUUCUAUCAUCUUAUAUCACUCGUAUUUCCAAAAGUAUAUCUUUGCAUUAUUUUGAUUGUACAUUUGCACAUUUCGUAUAUGCUAUCAGUUAUUGUUAUUUUCCACGCUUUGACUUGGUGCUAAAAGAAGUGGACAGGAAGUGAGAGACAGAAAGUGCAACCAAGCCCCGCCCUCGCACAAGUUACCUCCCGGUUUCCGAGCCGGGAAGUGCGUUCACUCCUUUCGCCUUUGUUUACCGACUUUUAAGUUAUAUUACAAAUCAAUAUAUUGCUAUAUAAACAGUAGACACAUAGUUGUAUAUAAAAAAAACUAUAAGCUUAUACAGGAAUAGUUACAUUUUAUUUGCAAGCUUUAUUUUGUAUACUUUUUCCGUCAGUAUUUUGGCUCGAACGCUCCGAAGUUUCAAAUAUUUUUCUAAUAGCUCAUGUUUUACUAAUAAGCAAAAAAAAAUGUCAACUGAUAUUUACGGAACGCAUUGUUGCACAUGAAAAACAAAAAAAAGUUCAUUGUGACGUUAUUACGUGUUCAAGACUUUACAUGAUUAUAACGUUAUGUUUUCGCAUCCAAUGAUAAAACGUUGUACUGGACUUUUUUCUGAUGUGGCGGUAAUACGUAUCCGUAAAUAUUUGAAAUCCCGAUUUUUUUUUUUCCUCAUGCCAAGUUCCAUUUGUUGGGCGUGUCAUUCCAGUUGCCAACAUUUUUUAAGAUUUCUUUCCAUGACGGUUGCCAACAGCUCUCCACUGCCAAACAUCCACCAUACCAUGUGCCUGAUUGGGAAGGGGUGGGGGGAGGGUUUGUCUCGCCACCCAAAAAAAAAAGUGGGUGUACAUUUGAAUGUUUUACGCAUGCACUCUUAAGGGUGAUUUGUACUGAAAACCCAGAGAUUAGCAGCUACAACCUCUCUUGCGCCAUGAGAGCAUUCCAAUUUUGUGUGUGAGAAAGUGCACGCAUAUCCAGACAUCAGCCUAGAGUGUUAUUGUGCCGUUUAGUGUGUGAGUGUAUCAUGUCGGUGUGCCAGAUCACUCCUGUGGAGCAGGAGAGUGCGCGAUGUUCACGUUGUUCCUCUUAGAGGAACAGACGACAGCAUUGUGGUUGUGAUGGGUCCAUUUUGUGCAUUAAGAAAAAUCCUAUCCACGACUAGAGAAGAGUCCCGCUAUGUCAUUACAGUCGCCAUGGUAACAAGUCCACACACAGGCCAAUGACAGUACAGUAUUACAAGAAGGCGGGGAGUCCCAUAUUUACAAUGUACAGUGAAUGUAUCGUAAGGUGUCCUUUUGUCAAGUGCUUUUAAAUUAUAUUUUCGUAUGUAACGUGGACAUAAGUGUUUUGUAUCGGGGGAGGGGUGUAUUGUCUUUCAUAUAAAAGAGAAGCUGCUUCAAUGUAAACAGGUGCCAGCCUGGAAAAAAAAUGCAAAAAUAAAGACUGACUGUCAUGUUUUGUUUUCUUAAAAAAAAGUCGGGUACACUUGGGUAAGCUCAUUUAUUCAUCAAGAUUUUUACCAUUCACACACUGGAAUGUGAUUGGGAGCAAUUUUGAAAGCCUGAAUUAACGACACCGCAACGACAGAGCGGUGAUGUGGACAUUACAAUUAAUGUACUUUUCAUGAGAACAUGAAAUAUGGCCAUACAACCCCUAGCAAAAAGUAUGGAAUCACAAGUCUCGGACGAGCACUCAGACAUUUUAUCAUGGAGAACAAACUCCGAUUAAUUUUUUUUUUUUUUUAAACUUGAAAAAAUAAUGAAUUAGUUCAAAAGUGCAACUUUUUAGCAUUCAGAAACCCUAAAAUGAAUACAAAAUAUUGUGGUGGUCAGUAAAUGUUACUUUUAUAGGGCAGAAAACACAGACAAGACUGAAAAAGCCGUUUCUGCUCUUGCCCUCCUCUUUAAGCCAAAACAACUGUUGUGUUUGAUAGAACAAUAGGUCUAUAUGCUGCUAUAGCAGAUUCAUGGCGAAUUAAGCCCCC